UUCUUGAUUUUACUUUACCCAUCUCCUUCUAUAACUCCUACUACUUCCAUUUCUUGCAACAUUCUCUUACCCAAACAAAAAAAAAAAAAACACUAAUAUUCUGUUCCUAUCCAAGCUAUGUCCUCGAGUGAUAAAGGAAAAAAUUACUCAGAAGGUUCCUCAUCGAGAUCGGUUACUAAUCCUGAUAUCCAUCACCACCAACAACAGCAUCAACAGGCUCCGCUUAGUCGAUACGAAUCUCAGAAACGAAGAGAUUGGAAUACAUUUGGGCAGUACUUGAAGAAUCAAAGACCACCAAUUUCACUAUCACAGUGUAAUUCCAACCAUGUGCUUGAAUUCUUGAGAUAUCUUGAUCAAUUUGGAAAAACCAAAGUUCAUAUUCAAGGUUGUGUUUUCUUUGGACAACCUGAACCUCCAGCUCCAUGUACUUGUCCGCUUAGACAAGCUUGGGGAAGUCUUGAUGCACUUAUAGGUCGGCUUCGAGCUGCUUAUGAAGAAAAUGGGGGGUCUCCGGAGACAAAUCCUUUCGGUAGUGGUUCAAUUCGUGUUUAUUUACGUGAAGUGAGGGAGUGUCAAGCUAAGGCUCGUGGGAUCCCUUACAAGAAAAAGAAGAAGAAGAGAAACCAAGUAACCAGGGCAGCGGAAGAAGAUGAAUCGAAUCAGCCCGCCAUGUAGAACGGACAUAUCAGUACAUCUAGAACGCAGAUAAAGAUACGUGGAGGAAGAAAACUUACCUAGCUCGAGAUUGCAGGCAAAACUAUGUUGCUUGGAAUGACUUACAACUUUGCUUCAAACUUCAAGUUUUGCUUCCUUUGGAUUUGUUAGGCAAUAAGGUUAUCACUGAUCAAGAACUCGUUCGUAUAUCUUGUCGCAAGUAAUCGAUUAUCUUAAUUAGUUAAAUUAUUAGUUUAUUAUUGCCUUUAAUUCUCUAGAUAGCUAGUACUCUGUAAACCUAGUUUGAUAAAAAUUUCUGCAUAAUUGGUGUCAAGUUAUGCCUCAUGAAAAGAUGGAUUAUAUGUUUGUUUUUCGGAAAAAGUAGCGAUUUUAUUA